AUGAAGAAAGAAACACGGAAAACUUUGCCAGGUCCGGGUAGUUACACACUCCGUCCUGUUUUUGGUUAUGAGAAUCACGACAUAACCAGGAAAAGAUAUCCAGCAUUUUCAUUUGGAAAGCCGAUCCAAGAAAAUGGGAAAAAAAUGCCGGACCCAUGUUACGUCAAACCAGGUCAGACAGGAUUCGAGAAGCCCAACCUUCGUGCUCCUACUACGAAAGGAAGAAGUGUGAAGGCAGUUCGUGUCCAAACACCUGGACCUGGUACCUAUUACCCAAAGAAGUGUCCUAUCAUGAGAGGAGAAAGGGCACCAGCGUACACAUUCGGGGUUCGAAAGUAG